AUGAAACCUGGCACAGCCCGCGAACCUGAUUUUAUAUCAGCAGACUUUCUUCGGGCUGGUGGCCAUCCGCUUCAUAUAAUCUUAGCAGCGCACAUGACAUCCUACCUUCAGAAAGAAAGGAUCCCAGACCAGUGGAAGACCUCGCGAACCGUUCUUAUCCAUAAGAAAGGUGACCGAGAGGACCUUCGGAACUACCGUCCGAUAUGCUUGCUGAGCGUGUUAUACAAAGUAUUCACCAAGAUCAUCCUCACACGCAUAUCCAGGACGCUGGAUGAAGACCAGCCCCAAGAACAAGCUGGAUUCCGUCAGGGGUUCAGCUACUUGGACCACAUCUAG